AGCUGAGGAUGUUCUUUAUUUAGAAGUUUAAGUGGUGGCAGGUCUGACACAUUGAGGGGUUUCCCUGCCCUGCAACCGGCUGUGAGAAUCACCUGGAGGAAGAGACACAGCCCAGACAACGGCAGAAAUAGAAGCUCUUCGAAUUUGGAAAACCUGUUCAGGCUCUCUUUGAAUCGACCAACAUGGCUUCAGUACGGGAAGUGUCCAGUUUCACCGAAGACCUGCUGUGCCCCAUUUGCCUCUGCCUCUUUCGCGAGCCCCACAUACUGGAGUGCGGCCACAGCUUCUGUGCUCCCUGCCUGGAGCCCUGCAUCCCCACAGGGGAAAGUAGCGGGCUCUGCCCUGAGUGCCGGCUCCCCUUCACUUUGCGCCGCAUGAACCGAGCCCUCUGCAGCUUGGCCAAGAAGGCCCGGCUUCUGAAGCUGGAUGAAAGGGCUCAGCUGAGCGGCACCGCCAUCUGGUUCUUCUGUGAGGAACACGAGGAGCCUCUCAAGCUCUUUUGCAGCCAAGAUGAGGAGCUCGUUUGCGUCAUCUGCCGGGACUUGCCUCAGCACCAGGGACACAACUUCCUGCCCAUCAGAAACGCGGUUCAGACCUAUCAGGAGCAGCUGAAGGCAUCUCUGGAGCCUCUUGAGGAAGAUCUCAGGCGGUUGAAAAGGAGCCAGUGCCACCAGCAGGAGAACAUUAUCGAAUUAAAGACCUGCUCCGAAUCCUUGUCUGAUCAUGUCUCUGGAGAGUUUGUGAAGAUGCACCAGCUGCUGAACGACAGAGAGAUGGCUAUGAAACAGGCCUUAGAAAACCAGCGAGAAAAGAACUUGGCUCAGAUGGAAACCAAGUUAAAGGAACUGGACUGCAAGAUGGCUUCUCGUUCAGAAACUCUGUGCCGUGUACAGGCCGGCCUUGAAUGCAAAGACCACAUAAGUUUCCUUAAGGAGGUAAAAGAGUUGCUAGAAAGGGUCCGUAAGGAACAAGGAGCUCCGGAGGAACCCGACUUAGAUGCUGAACUGGUAGGAGAAGAUGGGCUGGGGGCCAGCAGGAAAGACACAGAUGAGUGUGAGAAUGAGAUUGAUGAAGACAUUGAUGAGGAGGAAGAGGAGGAAAAAGAAGAGGAGGAAGAGGAGGAAAAAGAAGAGGAGGAGGAGGAGGAGGAAGAAGAAGAAGAAGAUGAAGAAGAAGAGACAGCAGAGGAAGAAGAAGAGGAGAAAGAAGAGGAGGAAGAAGAUGGAGUGGUGGCUGUAGACUUGAACCUGGGCGAGUUUAAAGGACCUCUGCAAUUCUAUGCCUGGAAGGAGCUCCUGGGUGAGCUACAUCCAGUCCCUCCAAGAAUCACAUUGGACUGCAACUCAGCUCAUCCCAGCUUGGAACUUGUGCAAAAAGCCACCGGGGUCAAGUUCAGUCCUGGCCGACGGUUGUGGCAAGAAACGCCGGAGACCUUCACCGCCACACCGUGUGUGGUGGGACGGAAGGGCAUUACCACUGGCCGCUUCUACUGGGAGAUCGAUGUCGAGGACAGCACCGAUUGGAUAGUGGGGAUGGCCAAAAAGACUGUGAAGCGCAAGGAGAAGCUGAACUUUCUGCCCCAGGAAGGGGUGUGGGCUAUUGAGCUGAAGGCGGGAGAAUUCCAAGCUCUGAGUGAGCCCCGUACGCCCCUCUCGGUCUGUGGGAAGAUGGGGAAAGUUGGGGUUUACCUGGACUUUGAAGGGGGGCAGCUCUCUUUUUACAACAGCAGCAGCAUGGCCCACAUCUACACCUUCCAAGCUGCCUUUUCCAAGCGUGCUUCCAUGCUGCCCUUUCUCAGCACUCGAAGCAACUGCACCCUCUGGGUGUGGGGUCUGGAGCUUUGAGAUCUUAGCUCAGGGUGUGGCAUUGCAAAGAACAGCCUAGUGAAAGUUGAAAACAUAGAGGUGCGUUAGGAUGGCUGUUUUAAGAGAAAGUUCAUGCUAUUCCCUCUUUGCAAGCAAUCGCUCAAAGGUUCGAAACUGGUCUGACCUGACUAUUGUGGUCCAUGAUGGUUGUUCUAGGUGCAGGGACUGCUAUAAGUGUAGCUUUCAAGUUGACCUUCUAUUUCCCACAUGCUUAAUUACCUUGACCCGUUGACCGUAGUGAGGAUAGAGGUUGCCUCUGUCCACCUGUGGUGCAAGAUUUUUUACCUGCUUUCAAUGCAUUCCACUGCAGGCAAAAACAGUGACAGCAAGCCAUACUUCCUGCCCUUAGUUGGGAAGGCCUUAGUAGAAAUGUUCCAAUAUUCCAAUACUUGGUUGUGUUUGUAUCUGUAACAAGGGAUGGUUUUCUCUCAUCACUGUAUAAUGCUAUAGGUGCACAGCAAAACAACUCUAACCCUAUUAUGAUUGCAAACAUGCCUUUUAUUCUUCCAUGUUUUCUGUUUAUGAUUGUUUAUACGUUUUCUCUAAAACAAUUUCAAUAAAAUGUUUCUUUUAAAGAAA